GGGGAUAGAAACAACAUCUCUUCUCUCUCCACACAUCAAUCCAACAUAAAGUGCUUCUCUCUCAUUUAGACAAACAGAGAAAAGGUACAACGUCUCGAUCUUUUAUCUAAAUCUCUCUUUGUGGGUCUCUCUGUUUCAAUAUGGAUGGCAAAAGAAGCUUAGAGAUCAGCAAGAACAUUGGGGACUUCGAGAACAACAUGGAUGACGAAAUGGACCUACGGAGAGGUCCAUGGACUGUUGAGGAAGAUUACAAGCUCAGCAAUUACAUUUCUACUCUUGGUGAAGGUCGAUGGAACUCUCUAGCUCGUUUUGCAGGACUCAAAAGGACCGGGAAAAGCUGCAGACUACGGUGGUUGAACUAUCUCCGGCCAGACGUCCGCCGUGGAAACAUAACCCUCGAAGAACAGCUCUUAAUUCUUGAACUUCACUCCCGUUGGGGCAAUAGAUGGUCUAAGAUUGCACAAUAUUUACCUGGAAGAACAGAUAAUGAGAUCAAAAACUACUGGAGAACACGUGUGCAAAAGCAUGCAAAACAGCUUAGAUGCGACGUGAACAGUCAACAGUUCAAAGACACCAUGAAGUAUCUUUGGAUGCCUCGUCUCGUAGAGCGGAUCCAAGCCGCCUCCGCUCUAUCCUCCACCUGUUCUGCUGCCACGUCUUGCGUACCCACCCCCACAGAUCAGUCCGUGAUGCCUUCAUACGAUGAAGGAGUCAACAACAACAAUACCAAUAUGGACCAUUUAGGUUUAACGAGCAACCUUAGUGGUAAAGUCACACCGGGAACUUCAAGCGUGACAGUAUCUCCAGCGUCCGGUUUGACGGAGUAUAACAUGGGAAGUGAAGUGGGAAAGACUGAAACUAGUUAUGAUCCGGAUCAGAGUUUGGUGGGUCCACAACCAACGCCAUCACAGAACUAUUUAGCGGCGAUGCAGGAGCAGAGUUAUCCUAACUUGUUUGAAAAUAUUAAUGGAAUUAUACCUUCUUAUUCGGACAGUGUCUGGAACAUUGGAAGUGAUGAAGACUUUUGGCUCUUACAGCAACAACAGCAGCAGCUUCUGAAUAAUGGAAGCUUCUAAAUAGACAAAAUAAUUAUUUAUAAAGAAAAAAGUAAGAAAAAGAAUAGUGAAGUGCAAUGUUAAUUAGCGUGUGAAAGAAUUUGUGUUUAAGGAAAGACAAAGCUUAUAUUUGAAAGGAGGGUUUCUUAAAUAUUUGCAGCUUUAGAUAUAUAAAUUUUUGUUAUUUUUGGAGUAAAUGUGAUUAAUUAGUGUGUUCC